AUGCCCACGGUCAAUCCCGAUAUCGUUAGCGAGACUGGCGGCUCUCUCGGCCGGAACGCUGAGGUGCAGAGGAGGAGAAGGUUGAUUCAACCCAGCGUCCGUAAACCCGCUGCCAGGAUUACCAUACGAUCAGCAAGACCUCUUGCGAAGCCACGGAUGCUGACUUGCCCAUCCGAGUACAAGAAGAAACAGAUGAAGAAGGUUCCUCCCCGCGGCUCAGUCCGUGACUUUCCAUGCCGGCAGUGCGUCGCCCGCGCCAACAAGGCUCCUGGCCAUGAAUGCGCCUCUCAAAACAAUACGGGUGCUGCGUGCUGGGACUGCGCAAAGAACGGCCACACAUGCAGGCCGGUCCCUGAUGUGGCUCUUGCUGCCGUGCGUGCCUUUUGGGACCUGAACCGGCAGCUCAGCGGCGCGCAUGGCGAACCGGACGAGGCCUGGCGUGCUGCUGCGCAGCGAGCAGCACAACAAUUACGAGCUUGCGGCAGUGGUGCCGUCUCUCCUGGUACUCCACGACCAGCUCCUGCCUUGGCUUCGUUUGGCGAAGUAGCUUCGAGGAGCUUCGAGGAAAGCAAGCUUAUAGCGCUGGAGACAAUCGCUGACGCUGCUCGGCUCUGGAUUCAGCUCAAUCAACCGGACGAAGAGGAGGAGGAUGGGGAGGAGGACUAG